AAAAGUACAAAGUAUUGUACUCAACAAACAACGUGCAGUGGACAACAUAUCAGGAAAUGUCUGGUGACAAAGAGUUCAUCGGUAACUCUGACAGAUCAACAGUGGUUACUAAUGCAAUAUCCAACCCAUUCAGAGCCAGGUUUGUCCGUGUACUUCCAACAGAGUACGAACGAUGGAAGAUGCUAAGAGUGGAUUUCAAAGGACUUCCAUUGGGUUGUACCUCAUCGCUUGGUCUUGAGAAUUCACAGAUACCAGACUCACAGAUUACGUCAUCUUCUUUCUGGACUAGUAAUGGUGUUCAAUAUACUGCACGUCUUGGUCGUCUGUAUGGCAGUUCGUCAUGGUGUAGCCCAAAACGAAACCCGACCGAACACAUACAGGUUGACCUUGGACAGGUCAAGACAGUGACAGGUAUUGCAACACAAGGUAGUAUACCUGUUAAAGUGUGGGUGACGUCAUACAAAGUUAGCUACAGCUUUGAUAACAGAUAUUGGAAUGAGUACAAAGAAGGACAGGUUGUCGAGAAUUUAGAAGGAAACAGCGAUAGCAAUGGCGUCAGAGUCAACUGGUUUAGGAAUCCAAUAGCAGUACGUUAUAUCAGAAUUAUUCCUCAGACCCACAACUCAGGGGGCGGUCAUUGUCUACGAUUUGAUGUCUAUGGAUGUGAUAUCUUCGUUGCCCCAAAAGUGGUUUUAGAUACUGUUGACUUCAUCCUUCCAAGCAUCAAAGGAAGUUCCAUUACAUUAACCUGUAGUGUACUUGGUGAACCAGCCCCUGACAUACAGUGGUUUAACAAUGGAACAAAGAUCAACGGUGCAACACAAUCAACACUACAAGUACAGUUUAUCUCAGCUGAAGAUGUGGUGUCCAAGUACAACUGUACAAGACAAGAUCCCAACACACGAGCUGUGGUCUGUAACACGUUCUACACGUGUAAGGCAACGUAUCCAAACUACGUGCCAAGUGGAGGAAUGAAUGAGGCAUCGGGGAAAGUGACGGUGAACCUGAAUGUUCCGAAGCCGCCAACUUUCUGCGGCACUGCAAGCGAGAGAUCCAUAAYACUUAGAUGGAUCGCACCUACACCAACUGAUGACGYAGGCCAGAUCAMGUGGUAUGGCAUUAAAUUGAARAAUCAGUCWUCRAAUCCCMUYAUCUAUGUUCGAGGCACAUCAUCUUCUUAUAACUUGGCAUAUCUCAAGCCUUACACAAACUACUCUGUGGAAAUGAGGGCGAUAAGCGUCGUUGGCUAUGGGUUAUGGAGCAGAUUGCAAAUUAUAAGGACAUCAAUCACCAAACCUUACAACCCUACUCAUGUACAAGCUGAGAAACAAACGAAGACUUCUAUUAAAGUAAGAUGGAAAAGUUCAUUGCCAAUAUCACUGGUUGUUAAAGAGUAUAUGAUUGAAGUAAAAGGUUCUAAACCAUACUGGCCAAAGUACUCAUUUUCAAAGACUUACAYGCAGAAUGGAGCACUAACUAACAUGGUAAUCGACAGUCUUGUUCCUGGUACAAGCUAUGAGUUCUGGGUAACUGCGYUAACAGUAUGUGGAAAGAGUCAAAAGAGCGAAUCAAGCAAAAAAGACACAGACAUUGACAAUCCUGUCAAGCCUACAGGGAAUUCUAUAACUCUAAAGAACAAAUUUGACGUUCCGUUAUGGUCAGUUGAUCCUGUCAAUGGACCAAUCAGUUCAUAUCAAGUUAUCGUAAUCAAAGGGAACAAAGAUGUCAGUGACUUACCAACAAAUAUCAGUGACUACAAAGAUGCACAAGAGUUUUAYGUCACAKCAGAACUGAAACCAAACGAGAUCAAGUCUUCUUUUCCUGUUGGUGACAAUAAAAUAUAUGGACAAUAUAARAAUGUACCACUAGACAAARGAAAAACAUAUACUAUUGCAGAGAGAGCGAUUACUGAACACGAAGGAAAAAUUUACGCGGGCCAAGCUGCAGUAGUAGCGAGAAUUGAAGUGACUCAAG